GGUACAAGUACAGUAGAAGUACAGUAGAAGAGCCAGGGCUUCUUGUCACGGCUCCUACGGCCCCAGAACUAAACUACUUACCAAAACGACACCAGGGAAAGUCACCGAGACCUACUCGCCCCACUGAAGGGCACCAAUUCCUCCGGAUUAAUCAUUCAGAUUCCACUAUUCAAUUCCAUCCCACUUCUUCGCCUUCGACCCCUCCAUCAAAGAAAAAAAUACCUACCCACCAUCACCUACAUACACUUACUUACCUUACCUACUACCCUAUUAUCUGAACCAAGAGAAAAAAACCCUCGUGAUAAAACGGUGGCGCAUUUAUAACGCACCUGGGUGUCGCAUCCACUUUCUCGCUCCCCUUCCUACCUGUCAACCAAGACAAAAGGGCCCGGGCUUUGCACACGAGGUUUGCACAUCCAGACAAACACCAUCGUCAUCGCCCUGCCAAUUAUCGCUAUACCCUCCCUUGACUUGAGAGAUUGUAAAUUGAGCGGGCUACGGUUUAUCACUCUUCGCAGCAUCCAACUGCUGUUGGCUUGCAUCCUAUACUUCCAAGUCACAUCAACUUGACCCUGUCAUAUUAGCUUCCUACAACACAAAGUCGCUCACAUCCGCUUGUUGACCCGUGAAAACAUGGCCACCAUAGCAAGCAAUCGGCCCGCAAGCACCGCCUUUCCGGCCCAGCAAGAUGUCGCUCCAUCCUCUCACCAAUACACCUGUAACACAUGUCAAGUAGCCUUCCGAUAUGCCGACACUCAGAAGGGCCACAUGAAGAGCGAUUGGCAUCGAUACAACCUCAAGCGUCGUGUUGCUUCGCUGCCCCCAAUUUCAUCCGAGGUUUUCACCGAAAAGGUUAUACAAGCACGCGCUGCCACCGCCGCCGAGGCCGAUCGUGCCGGCUUCCAACAGCUAUGUGAAGUCUGUCAGCGAACGUAUUAUAGUGAAAACUCGUACCGAAACCACAUCAGUAGCCAAAAGCACAAAGCGAAGGAAGCAGCUCUUGCUAAACGAGGAGCCACGAUCGACGAUGCCAGCUCUGUUAUGAGCUCUACCUUCUCACUUGGCAACCCGAUAUCGGUGCCAUCUGAAGGGGUGGACUCUGACGCUGAAGUUGAGUUCAGCGAAGUUGUUGAAGGCCUACAGAAGACCAGUCUGAAGGAGCGCCCCUCGCCCGUCAAGCGACCCUCGAACCCCGCCCCUUCCGACUCUGAAGGUCAGGAAGAACACGCUGCAUCAGAACUACCCAACGACACUACUUCCAGAACUGAAACACCUGUUCCGGCUACUACAUUGAAAAGCUGUCUGUUCUGUAACUAUGACUCUCCCACUAUUCCUCUCAACGUCGUUCACAUGGAGCGUAUACAUGGCAUGUUCAUUCCAGAGAAGCAAUACCUAGUCGAUUUAGAUGGCUUGAUCACCUCUUUGCAGCAACGCAUCCGGGAGUAUCAUGAGUGUCUGUAUUGUGGGAAGAUGAAAAAUACUGUCCCUGCCGUGCAAACACAUAUGCGCGACAAGGGCCACUGUAUGAUUCCUUUUACCACGGAAGAGGAGCAACUCAUGAUUGGUGAAUUCUACGAUUUUAGAAGUACUUAUUCGGAUGAAGAGGAUUCGGAGGACGAGUCCGUCGACGAUGACAAACCUAAUGGAGGUGCUAAACUCGGAGCUAAGCGGCCGUCAAAGGCGGUUGGGGAGAACGGUGACGAGAUUAUAGAAGAGGAAGAGGGUUGGGAAACUGACAGCUCAGCUUCAUCAUGUGAUUCGGAAGAUCUCCAGUCGAUUCCUGUCGAUAACUCUUAUCGACAAUUCGAGCGGCUUGAUAAACAUCCCCAUCAUUCAUCUCACGACCCUCGGCAUCAUCACCAAAAGGACGGUUGGCAUUCCCAUGCUCACAAGCAUCGGGCUAUCUUCUAUGAUGAUGCUGAGUUGCAUUUACCUUCCGGUCGUGCUGUUGGACACCGGUCUCUAGCUAAGUAUUAUCGCCAAAAUCUGCAUCACUACCCUACGCCAGAAGAACGUGCCGAAAAGUUGGCAAUUGAAGCUGCAAAAUCUUCAGACAUUGAAGAAUCUACCAACGGAAACAGACAAGUUUCUCGUCGGCAAGAUCAUGGCAAAUUUGGAGCCGUAGUUACACGAGCAAACGGUGGUCGCGGUAUGACAGGAGUAAGCGAACAAAAGAAGAAGGAAGUACAGCGUGCAGUUCCGCGCAGUGUUCGUCAGCAGCAGAUGAGAGAGAAUCGCAACACCUGGCUUCUGAACAGAAGAAACAACCACCAAGAGCAUUAUAACUACCAGAUAUUGUGAUCUGGUUCAGCAUGGCAAGUUGUGGUGGAGGGUUGGGCUCGCAUAUCUGGCGUUUAUGGGAAAAGAGUAACGACAAGUUUCUGCGCGGUGAUUCAUACAUGGCUUCCUCAAUAAAUCAACAUUGCAUCUAGACUACGCCUCUAUCCACAUAGCACUGUGUUUAAGACGUGCUCAAAUUUAGAAUGCAUCACCGAUAUUCUCCGCGAGAACAUUGAUGAAUUAGAGUAGCCACUUUAAAUAGAUAUACAUUAUAACGGUGAUAUGGCGAAACAAUAUCUAUCUGCAAACGGAUUACGGAUACAGCUAGUAAGGACAGACGUCACAUUGAUGUUUGCACCUUGGUGAAGGCGAAGAUCAUAAUAUACUCUCAGUUAAAUUGACGUUGGUUUUGCUAUUGAUAUCGGGUUGUCUCUUUUUACGAGUCCAAGUUUCUAAGUAUGGCGGUAGAUGUACAUGUCCAUAGAGAAUGGUAUGAAUUAUCUAGGUAGCUGAUUUCAUCUUCUAUUACUAUGUAUGUCAUCUUAAGGUAUUAGAGUGC